AGCAGAGUCUUACAAAAUUAGCAGUAUGACAAAAUUGUUUCAGGCAGCUUUAAUUACGGGCGGCUCCAUGCUAGCCUAUUCCAACUCUGCGCGGCGCCAGGAGCAGCAGAAUGCAGAGCAGAAAGUACCGCAAAUGAAACGCGAGCUGCCUACACGUAAAAUGAACUUGGAUGCGUUCCGCCGCACAGAGUACGAUAUACUUAUCAUAGGCGGUGGUGCUGUGGGUGCUGGCUGCGCCUUGGAUGCGGCGACACGUGGCUUGAAGACUGCGCUGGUGGAGGCAGAUGACUUUGGCAGUGGCACAUCCUCCAAGUCAACUAAACUUUUGCAUGGCGGAUUACGCGAUUUGGAUCAGGCCUUGACGCAUUUCGAUGCGGCCGCCUUGAGACGUGUACGCAGCUCCUUGAAAGAAUGCAGUCAUAUAGCCAAUAUGGCACCACACUUGAAUCAAUCUGUGCCCAUUAUGCUGCCACUGCAUCAUUGGUGGCAAGCGCCCGGCUACUGGUUAAAACUUCAGAUUUAUAAUAUGAUGACACCCGGCCCCUCCAAGGGCGUACAUUACAUCAAUGCCACUCAGGCGCUGGAGAUCUUUCCUAUGAUGCGACGGCGUGACCUGCACGGCGCCUUUAUCUACUACGAGACGCAGCAUGAUGAUGCGCGCAUGUGCCUGGCCAUCGCAUUAACUGCAGCACGCUAUGGCGCCGAUGUUUGCAAUCAUAUGAAAGUGGUGGAGCUGCUGCGCAAUAAGGAUCAGCAGAUCAUAGGCGCCAAGGUAGUGGAUCAGCUAACAAAUAAAACAUACAGAAUACGUGCACGCAUGGUAAUUAAUGCAACGGGUCCGUCCACGGAUACUCUGCGUCGGCUGGAGGACGUGAAAUCAACUCCGAGUUCUCAGUCCGUCUGGGCUUCACAUCUGGUGCUGCCCGCCUUCUAUUGCCCUGCCCAAGUGGGCUUGUUUGAUCCGCACACAAAAAACGGCGCUGCUAUAUUCUUUUUGCCUUGGCAAGGGCACACGCUGAUGGGCACAUCGGAUGAGUUACAUGAGGCUAAUGAUCUGGCGCGUCCCAGUGAACUGGAAAUACAAUAUCUAUUGGGUGGCAUUAAGAACUACAUAAAUCCCAACUUCGAUGUGCGCAGAUGCGAUGUACUGGCCGUCUGGGGUGGCUACAAGUCCCUGCCUGUGCAUACACGUCUGAAUCAUCACGUCAUACAAAGGGGCGUGGGCAAUAUGAUCUCUAUAGUGGGCGGCACUUGGACAUCAUAUCGUUUAGUGGCAGAAGAGGCAGUCACCAAGGCCAUACGAAUAGGCAAACUACAUCCGCUGCGCGAUCAAUCAAUCACGGCGAGCGCGUGUAAAUUGGAUGGCGCGGUUGGGUGGUCGCCCAAUAUGUUCAUACGGCUGGUGCAGGACUUUGGCCUGGAUGAUGAUGUGGCCAAGCAUCUGACCAACACAUAUGGUGCCAAUGCCUUUAAACUGGCCGUUGGCAGCAACUCCAGCGGCGGCGCCUAUCCCAUAGCUGGCAAGCGCUUGCAUCAAGAGUUCCCCUAUAUAGAGGCAGAGGUGCGUCAGGGUAUCAGAGAAUAUGCCUGCCAUUUGGUUGACAUGGUAGCACGUCGAAUGCGUGUUGCAUUUCUUAAUGUACAGGCUACAGAACAGAUACUGCCACGUGUGGCGGACGUCAUGUCCACUGAGUUGAAUUGGUCUAAGAGUCGCAAGCAGCGUGAAUUAGCCGAAGCGCGUAAAUUUCUCAGCCAGCAGAUGGGUCUGGGCACCAAAGAUGAGCGCGCCAAGCUAAGCAUACCCAUUAAGAUGUCAGUUAAACAAGUAGCGAAGUAUGCGGCGCACUUUAAGGAAAUGGAUGAGCAGAAUACAGGAUUUGUGGCCAUUAACAAAUGCUGCGCGGCCAUGAAAUCGAUGGGAGUCAAAGAGAUUCCUGUCGAUCUGAUGCACAAUGUACUGCGUGACAUUGAUUGCCACGCCCAGGGUAAGGUUGAUCUCUAUGAGUUUCUGCUGCUCAUGUCCGCUAUUGUGCAUGGCGAUACGGCGUACUUGCGCUACGCCAAGCUCUAUUUGGAACAGAAGGUUGCUGCGCUGGGCGUGCGCAACAAGUUGCGUCAGACGCCGGCAGAUCAAACUGGCGGUGGUCUCUAAACAGUUUGUGAAUAUUUUGUGCACAUUAAACAAUAAAAAUUCU